GUUAACAGGCAUGGUUAUUCACUCAUCUUGAUGACCUCAAUUAGAAGCCUUUGAACGGCUCAGAUUGCAUAUUUGUAGCCGCGUCUUAGCUUAAUCUAUUGCCACGUGUUUCCGAUAAUUAUUUUCUUAAUACUUAACUGCUACGGAAAAGUCAUAAUUAACACUCUAUAGAGCUUCCGAAGAACGACGCUGCGACGAGAGAGACUAAUAGCAGAGGAGGAAGACGAAGACGACAAUGAAUGCGCCACCGGAGAACGAACUUUGUUCGAUAUGCCAUGGCCACUUCAACGCUCCUUGCCAAUCCAAUUGCUCUCACUGGUUCUGCGGUGCGAUCUCCUUCUUAUUUGCUUUCGUUUCUCCUUCUCUCGAAUCGUUUCGGGAUCGGGAACUGCAUUAUGCUAGUUUGGAGGCAUGGAUCUACAUUACGGCCAUGCAAAUGUCCCUUGUGUCGUCGUCCGAUAAGUUUGUUAGUUCCUUCUGAGGAAACAGUGAGAAGUCGGAAUGAUGCUACAGUUUCUGAGGUUCUUCAUGAUGUUGAAACUUACAACCGUGUCUUUGGUGGACAGUCAAGUGGCCUUAUUCAGAGGAUGCAAGACCUUCCCUUCUUACUCCGAAGGUUGUUGCGAGAAAUGAUGGAUCCACAAAGAACGCUUCCACUCGUCAUCAGAGCUCGUGUUUAUAUUGCGUUGAUACUCAGUGCGAUUUACAUAAUCAGCCCAAUAGAUAUCAUUCCGGAAGGAGUCUUGGGGGUUAUCGGUUUACUAGAUGAUCUUCUCAUAGCCCUGAUUUGUUUCCUCCAUGUCGCUGCUCUCUACCGAUCCGUUCUCUAUUCCCGUCAUGGUGGUUCGUGAACCUCUUUGAAGUUUUCACAUCAUUAAUCAUCACAGUUGAAGUACCAUGGUUUACUUGUUUGACCCUAUCUUUUUGACUGUUAGACUUAGGAAACUUGAUUUGGAUGAUAAAACGAAAUGGUCCUUUCCUUUAUUACUAUUUCAGUAACAGAUGCAUUAUAUUGGUGAAGGAAUUGAAUUUCUCA